AUGUGGCAAAGCUGCGUGUUGGUGCUGCUGGGCGCGGUGGUGGUCGUGGUGGCCCAGUUCCCCAGGGAGUGUGUGACCCCCGAGGGGAUCCGGAGCGGACAGUGCUGCCCGUCGCCCUCCGGACUGGACACGGACCCGUGUGGCUCCGCCGAGGGCCGCGGGCAGUGCGUGGCCGUCACGGCGGACGCGCGGCCGCACGGACCCCAGUACCCGCACGACGGCCGGGACGACCGGGAGCGCUGGCCCGUCCGGUACUUCAACCGGACCUGUCAGUGCAACGGGAACUUCAGCGGCUUCAACUGCGGCCGCUGCAGACACGGGUGGACCGGAGCCGGCUGCGACCAGAGGGUUAAUGUCGUGAGGAGAAACGUGAUGCAGCUGAGCUCGGAGCAGAAGCGCGCCUUCGUGGUCGCGCUGGACCAGGCCAAGCGCACGGUGCACCCGGACCUGGUGAUCGCCACCCGGCGCCACGCAGAGAUCCUGGGGCCCGACGGCAACACGGUGCAGUUCGAGAACAUCACCAUCUACAACUACUUCGUGUGGACCCACUACUACUCCGUGAGCAAGACGUUCCUGGGCGCGGGCCAGGCGAGCUUCGGCGGAGUGGACUUCUCCCAUGAGGGUCCCGGGUUCGUGACGUGGCACAGGUACCACCUGCUGCAGCUGGAACGAGAUAUGCAGGAUAUGCUCCAAGACCCCUCCUUCGCGCUGCCCUACUGGAACUUUGCCAUCGGUGGGAGCACAUGUGACAUCUGCACCGACGACCUGAUGGGCGCCAGGAGCAGUUUCGACAUGAAUUCCCUGAGCGCCAACUCCAUCUUCGCCCAGUGGAGGGUCAUCUGCGAGAGCGUGGAGGACUACGACACGCUGGGAACCAUCUGCAACAACACGGAGACCACUCCCAUCCAAAGGAACCCAGCAGGGAACGUGAACAGGCCGAUGGUGCAGCGUCUCCCGGAGCCGCAGGAUGUGGCCGACUGUCUGCAGGUCAACGCCUUCGACACGGCGCCGUACUACUCCACCUCCUCCGAAAGUUUCAGAAACACAGUUGAAGGCUACAGCGCCCCCAAGGGGAAUUAUGACCCUGCGGUCCGGAGCCUCCACAACCUGGCACAUCUCUUCCUGAACGGCACAGGGGGACAGACCCACCUCUCGCCCAACGACCCCAUCUUCGUGCUGCUCCACACCUACACCGACGCCAUCUUUGACGAAUGGCUGAGGAGACAGACUUGUAGGCUAACUUGUGUUUUCUUGUCAGGUUCUGCAACGUACCCUGAGGAAAACGCCCCCAUCGGUCACAACAGGGGCUACAACAUGGUUCCCUUCUGGCCUCCAGUGACGAACGCCGAGAUGUUCGUGAUGGCCCCGGAAAAUCUGGGUUACUCCUACGAAGCCCAAUGGCCAGCUCAAGCUUUCACCACGACGGAAUUCAUCACCAUGGCGAUAGUGGCCGCCCUCGUGGUCGUCGCGGUCGUGUUCGCCGCCACCACGUGUGCCGUGCGUGCCCGCUCCAGGACGGACGGCCACCAGCCGCUGCUCAGUGAUCAGUACCAGCGCUACGACGACGUCAAGAGCCAGUCGGUAGUUUAA